AUGCACGAAGCACCCCCACUGACUCGCAGCGACACGCCCGCUCGUCUGCGGCGGGUACUGCACGAGCAGCUUCUGGAAGUGUCCCGCGCAGUCCCCGCAUGGGUACAAUCUCGCGAAGAGCGCCAAAUAGUGCGCCAGUGCGGUGCGCUCGUCGAUGCUCGGCGACUCCGGGAAGCGGGCAAGAGUCGUGUGGAAGAGUUUCCAGCUGGCACGACCGAGUUCGGCUUUUAGCGUCUCGUUUCCCAGGUGUGGCAUUAUUGCCCCGCCGGUUAGGAUCGACGAGGGGACGUGCGGGGUUUGCGCUGGGGCUAUGGCGGCUUGGUGGGGGGGAAGGGGUGGGGGGGCAGAUUUCGUGGAGGGGAGGAGGAGAUACGAGAAGAAGAGGAAUAGGGUGAAGAAGGUUGCUAGCAGGAGGGGUUUGCUUCGUGUCAUUUUGGAGUCGUCUCCUCUUCUUUUCCGGUGGUUCUAG